AUGUGUAUUCCAUUGUUGUGCCUUGGCUGUCCCUCCGUGGCGGACAAAGCAGAGCCUGCAGCAAAGGAUGGACGAUUGGAGGCAGCGGGCGAAGAUACUGUUGGAUCAGAUAUACGCCGUGGACCCAGCAACGAGACAAGGCUUGUCAAUCAGGUCUCGUACGCGGACAUCGCCGCUGGUCGUUCCAGCCCGAGCUCGAGGGGCUCUAGCCCGUUCAGAAACCCCUCGCGGGACGAGGUUUCGUCGACUCCUCUCUCGAUUCAGGUGCUCAAACCCACCGUGCAACUGUCCAGAACGAUCGAAGCCCAGAAACAACCAGCUUCCGAGCCGAUCCGCGACGAUGCUCCACCGAACGUCACGGGAGCCGAAACGAAGGCGAAAGAGGAACAGGCGACGAAGUUCGAAGAGCAGAGCGAGCAGAGGGAGCCCGAAGCGAGAGCCGAGGUAAGAAGACACGUCUCCAAAGUCGAUUCGGUGAGCUGCCGAUUGAGAAAUCAACCGAGAAGAUCUGGCUCUGCGAGGAAGGACGUUCAAGAACGGAUCAGGGAAUCUCGCGAGAGAAAUUCGUCCGCGGAGGCUGACAACGAGACUUCUAAGUCGGAGACGCCUAGAUCGGUGGUGGAACAGAGGAAGGAGCCGUUGACGAUUAAGAAUACGCUGGCGCCUAAAAUCGAGAGGAGAGGAAGAUCCGCUAGUCCCAUUUGGGCGCCCGGAUCUACUUCAUACGCGGAUAUUCUUCGCGGGAACAGACAGAGUUCUCGCAGUCCCUCGGUGGAGACCGGGAAGGAUGUCCACGUGGUUGGAAGAGAAAUUGGAGAAACGGUGGUCGAGGAAUCUUCUGAAGCUGUUCGGCAGAAGAUAGAGUUUCAGGUGCCUAGACUCGAAGUGGAGGAAGAAAUUGAAGAAUCUUCAGUCGCGGAACAACCAGCUGAGGAAACAGAGAUGGAGAGUUACCAGCAACAGCCUGCCGAAGUCGUGCCCGAAGUGGUACGCGAGGUCGCGUCUCCCGUGGAAGCGGUCGAGAAACCGAGCGAAGCUGAAGCCGGCUGGAGAGACGAAAGUGUGGACGAGUACGUUCUACUGGACGAGGAGAGCUACGAAAACGUUUCAAGGCAGCCAGUUGCAACAACGCAGCAAGUUCCCGAGGUCUACAACUACAUUCAUCCGCCUAUCACCGAAUUGGUUGGGUUCAUCGGAUCUCAGAUCGCUUAUCCAAUAAGUUCCUACGUUUACAUGCCAGCUGCACCGCCCCAGCAGAUGGCUCUUCCUCAUUACACCGAGAGCCAGAUAGCCUUCGCGUCGGAACCGUACGCGACGCAGGCUAACUACAUCUCCGAGCCAGAGAUUUACCAGCAAGGUCAGAAGCAUUCGCAGAGGCAGCCGCAUCAAUCGAAAUUCAAAGCUCCGCCGAAGAGUACCACUGUCGUUGUGCAGAACGUCGAGGAGAAGUGUCUGCCUCGUAAGACUCAGCAGCCUGUGGACGUCGAGCCAUCUGUUCAACCUGCUCAAACGGAAGAAGUUCCUGAAGAACCAGAGAAAUCGGUAGAACCAGAACAAUCUGUGCAACAACCUGUACAACCAGUUCCUGCGCCAGUUUCAGAAAGCACGCCCGUUAAGACGAAAAGCACCGUAUCAAGCGAGAGCAAGACGUUCUCCUACGCUCAGAUUUUGUCGCAGGGUCUCAAUCCUAAGCCAACGUCGUCGGCUAUUAGUAGUCAGUCCCCGACAACGACGACGUCCAUGUCGAGACAAGAAGAUUCGCAUUCACCGGUGAACUCGACAACGUCCUCAGUGCACGAGACGACUCCUCCUCAGGAAGCUAGACAGGUUCGAGAGUCGUCGGUAGGCAAACAGGGAGGCGCGUGGGACACGUCGAGGAGGCGAGAGACGAGGAAGACUCAUCAAGAGUCGCCGAAGACGCGAAUUCCUGAGAAGAAGGCUCGCAGAGGAUCGCAACCAAGAAUCUCGCCGGCAGGAUCUCAAAGAGGCCAGAAAGAUAAAACCAGGGCCAAUGCCGAGCAAAAGAAGCAGGUACUCGAUAUUAAAGAUGACGAGAUUGUUGUGAAAGAUUCGAAGGUGGUUUCUGAAGUGAUUCUAAAGAGUAGCGAGGUUCAGAUUGAAAGGGAGAAAGUGGAUGACGUUAAGCCAGAGAAGCAAAUGGAUGGUGAAAAACCGAGGAGAGUUGAAGCUCAGAAGCAGGACGAGAAGAAUACUCGCAAGGAAGCCGAGGCUGGUGUUCAACAGAGAAGCAGGUCUCAGGAGAAGAAACGAAAGGGGAAGAAGAAGAAGACAGAAAAGCAGGACGAUGAAAUAGAGAAGGCACUGAAAGAGAUCGAGGACAUGGACAAGCACAAAAGGAGAGACAAGUCGAGAGAACAGGCUAAAAAAGAUGCGGCGGAGAAACCAAAAGAAGAAAGCGAGAAGAAAAAUGUGAGAUCUAGCGAGAGGAAGAAACAGAACAAGUCAAAAGUGGAGAAGGUUAAAGACGAGCCAGAAACUGGAGUAAAUCAAAGGGAAUCUAAUGUGAAGGAACAGGUUAAAUCGAAAGACGAUGCGAAAGAGAACAGAGAGGAGAAAGAUGUUGAGAAAAGAGACGUAAAGGAUGAUGUUAAGGAGAAAGAAGCGAAGAUUGAAAGUCGAAAGAAGGAACCUGAAAAGAAACCUGAAGUGAAGGUUGACGCGAGGGAGGAGAAAGAACCUACGUCCAAGAAGAAGCAGAAGGGUAAAGAACAACUUGCCGCAGUGAGAGACAAGUCUAACAAAGAUACUAAACCCACGAGAGUCGACAUAGAUUCAGAGCGAGUUAAGAAAACUGUUAGUGAAGAUAAAGUAGAAAAUCAGAAAGACGUGAAAUCAGAUACAGCCGAGAGCGUUCAGAAUUUGGAACAGAUGAAGAAGGAAGAUACAAAAUGUACGAAAUCUGUGAAAACAGCUAAGACGUCUCCAGAAAUUAAAGUUAAAUCCAAGGAUAAAUCACAAAGCGAGUCGAAAGAGAAAGAACCGACGAAACCCAAAGAGCAAGAGAAGUCGAGCAAGAGGAAUAAGAAGCAGAAACAAGGACACGAGCAAGAAGUUUCCAAGGAUCAAUCGAGACAGAAGAAGUCUGAAAUUGAGAAAUUAGAAGUGACGAAAGAUGUAGAAUUCGACGAGAAGAGAGAGGUUAAAGCAGAUGAUAAGGAGGAACAGAAGGCGAUAAUAAGCGCGUUGAUUCGCGUGAUAGAGUCGACGAUGGGAAUCGGCGAAGCUGAUGCAUCGACAUUGGAAACAGCGGUGCAGGAAAACGUAGAGAAAAAGCCGAUAACUGAAGGAGAGAAAAAGCAGAAUAAAUCUGAUGAAGAGCAAACAGAGAUAGAGGAUAAAAAUUCGAAGAGAGGUUCGGAAAAAGACUCGAAAGAUCCAAAGGAAGAACCGAAGAAAGUAGUUGAAUCGGAGAUGCAGGAAGCUACAGCUCAAGUAACAGAAGUUUCUGAAAAAGACGAACGAAUCGUUGAAGAAAAGUUAAUUAAAGAGGAGAAGAUCGUCAUGGAAGAAUCGAAAAAGGAAUAUUUGAAAUCUGAACCCGCCACACCAAAUAAAGAACAAUGUGGAAAGAAAAAACGUAGGGAGUCUAAGUCACCGAUGAAAACAAAGAAAGAAGAAAGUUCUACACUUGUGGAAGGAAACGAGAAAUCUAAAGAGAAAAAAGAAGAGAUAGAAACGGUCGAGUUAGAAGAAGAGAAUGGUAAAAUCGAUACUGGCAGACAAAUAUUUGCGGAGGAAAUGAGAAAAGAAAUUAUUACCGAAGUUCAGGAAGAAACUAGUGCGAUUCAGAGAGAAGAGAAUGUUGUUGAUGUAACAGAGGAAACUAAAGUAGAAUCUGACAUUAAAAAGACAAUUACUGAAGAAAAACCCAUAGAAAACGUCGAAAUAUCAGGAGUAAAAGAGAUGGAAGAAUCUUCUGAAGAACCAAAAGAACUUGAAAAAGUUGAAAUCAAUGACGCGAAGAAGGAAGAAGAAACUCUUCUUCUUCCUGAAGUAUCAAAAGCAGAUAAGCCCAAUAUCCACGAACCGGAGCGAAAAACCGAAUCUUCAAGAACAUCAUCAAAGUCCAACAAAGCAGGUAAAUCAAAAGAAAUAUGUGUCAUCGAGAAAACUAGUCCAGUUUUUGUUGUCGAAGCCAGAGAAGAAUCAAAAUCCAGUCAACCAAGCACACCGAAGUCUGAUAAGAAAAAGAAGAAGAAACAGGAGAGUAAAGAUAGAGUUACAGUCGAAUCUCCGCAACCAGAACGAAAGACAGUCACUGAGGAACCUAGCGGAGAUGUGAAAUCAAUCGAAAAACAAUCAUUAGUUGGAAAAACAUCUGAAGUAGCUCCUGAAAAAUCUAUCGAAAAGGUAGAACCGUUCGUAACAGAACCUGAAGACAAAGAGCAAGACAUAUUUAAAGAAGUGAUCCGAGUCGAAGAAACUUCAGUGACAAAGUCUGACGAAUCUGAAUCUCAGUUGCAAGAUUUAAUUGAAAAACCAUGCACGACGAAUGAUUCUUCUCUUUCCAAGAAAGAAGAAGCUGUAAAGGUUUCAGAUACUGUUUCGUUAGUCGAACGAUCAUGUUCGCCGGAGGAAUCGUCGAUCGUCGAGAAAACGGUAACCACGGUGAUCAGUAUCGAAACUGAGCCAUUCGACGACAAACUCGCGACAAAAUCGGUAGAGAACGUAGAAAAUAUUCCCUCAUUCGUGGUCGUAGACUCCAAAUCCACCGAAUUAAUCACCCUGCGUCCUGAUAUAGUAGAGACUAGCCUAACCACCGAGCAUGCUAGGGUAUCGAAUGAUUCAGCCGCUGGUAUCCCGUCGAAGGUGUUAGACACGUUAGCAGACGUUGACAAGUCGAUUUCCGAUUACGCGACGUAUAUCGACGAUCUUGUUAAAGAUGAUCAGCCGAUUCUGUUCGGUAGCGUUCAGGAUAGGAGGAGAGGUCGUUCCGGAACUCCAAAAUCUGUAGGAAGCGCGAGAGACGAGAGGGAGUUGGAUGUUGUAGAGAAAGAACAGGACGCGAAGGUUUUGCAGAGUAAAUCUGAGGACGUAUCGGUCGAGAGUAAGACUGAGGCUGAUAGGACGAUCGUUCAGGAGGAAAUUAAAAUUAUUGGAGAAACUGCAAGCGUAGAGUCGACAGAUUCGGGCGAGUUAGUGGUAGAGAGCGAAGGUAAAAUUGUGGAAGGAAGCUUAACAUUAUCAGAGAAAUUGCCAGAAUCGAAAGAUUCGGGUGAAUUAAAGCUAGAAAGUGAAGGUAAAAUUGUGGAAGGAAGCUUAACAUUAUCAGAGAAAUUGCCAGAAUCGAAAGAUUCGGGUGAAUUAAAGCUAGAAAGCGAAGGUAAAAUUCUGGAAAAGAGCUUAAGGUUAUCAGAGAAACUUUCAGAAUCGAAAGAUUCUGGAGAGUUAGUGGUAGAGAGCGAAGAUAAAAUUGUGGAAGGAAGCUUAACAUUAUCAGAGAAAUUGCCAGAAUCGAAAGAUUCGGGUGAAUUAAAGCUAGAAAGCGAAGGUAAAAUUCUGGAAGAGAGCUUAAGAUUAUCAGAGAAACUUUCAGAAUCGAAAGAUUCUGGCGAGUUAGUGGUAGAGAGCGAAGAUAAAAUUGUGGAAGGAAGCUUAAGAUUAUCAGAGAAAUUACCAGAAUCGAAUGAUUCGGGUGAGUUAAAACUGGAGAGUGGAGAUAAAAUUAUAGAAGAAAAGGAGAAGUUAGAAUCAUUAGAAAAGCUGCCAGAAUCGAAAGAUUCGGACGAGUUAAAGGUAGAGAGCGAAGGUAAAGUUGUGGAAGAGAAGCAAAAGAUGAGUGAAGAAUUGAAAGAGACUUCUUCUAGCGUUCAACAAAAAGAGGAAUCUGAUGUAAGAUCUCGUGAAGUAAGCUUGAAUAAAAAAGACAAGAGACGUGUUGACAAAUCGGUAGAAGUUUCUGGGAAAUUUGAUAUUUCCAAAUCUGAAGACAAGGCGAGUGUAGCUGAAAGAAAAAAGAUGGAGACGGUUAAUCCGUAUUACUUCACAGACUUGGUCAAACCGUACUGGUUCGAUUAUCGUCCGUACAUGGAGGCAGAAAUUGAUUUCCAUCGUCGUUUCAAAGUGGUAAAAGUAAUCGAGGAAAAUGUGCCUGCUUCCGCGAUUCCAAGGUCGAAGAACAUUGAGAAAAUAGUUCAAGAAUCGGUUAUGAGGAAGCCUGAAAAGUUAGAAGGCACGGCACAACCUGAGGCUGAGUGUAGAAAACUUUCCCUUCUCAAGGAAACUCUGAAGUAUCCAAUUAGCACAUUUUACGAACUGGAAUCGGAAUGGGCAAAGUCCAAGCAGAUAGUUAAAGAGAAAGAAGUUACGUCGACUUCUUUGGAAGAAUCUUUGGAACUUGCAAAAGAGGAAGAAAUGCAGGUUCGAGGAGAGGAGAAACAUCCCGAGAGAUUAGAAGCUCGGGAAAUGUCAGAAGGAGACGUUAAGGAGGAGAGAACUAUCGCUGAAAUCACCACGGAAAUUACGAAAUCUACAGACAUAAUUCUGGAUCAAACGGCAGCUCUUAUCGAGGAUGUGAAUAAGGAACUUGACAUGCUGAAGAAGGAGAAGGAGCAGAAUAUGCCGGAGAGAAAAAUCGAAGAUGGAGAAGGAAAAAGUGGAACUGAGAUCCAGAAGAAGAAAGAGCAGAUGCCUGAUAGAAAGCCAAAAGAGAAAUCGAAGAAAGAGAGGCAAGCAAAGGAUGAGAAAUCAAAGGCUAAGAAAGAAGAGAAGCGAGAGAUAAAAUUACCAGCUGAAGAGCCCGAAGUAGUCGAGAAGAUGGAUGAAGAAUUAAUCAAAAUCGUUGAACCUACUACGACUGCGAAAGGAGAAAUUAAGGAGACGUCGUUACCGGUCGAGGAGCCUGAAGUAAUUGAGAAGAAAGAUGUUGAAGAAUUAAACAGAACUACAAUGACGACUGAGGAAAAAGAAACUAAGGAGGAGGAUUUAUUAACAUUCAAGGAGCUUGACCUAACUGAGAAGAUAGAUGCCGGGGUUGUUGAAACUAUAGAGUUGACUGCGAAACAGCUUGUCACGAAACUAGACGAAAUAGUCGAUCGAAAAGAAGAAGAGAAGCUAGAAAAGGAUAUUACAAAAGAAGAGUCAUUAAUCGUGUUAAAAUCAAACGUUGACGAAGAGGAAAAACUUCCAGCAGAAAGAGCAAACGAGGAAACGAAAUUGAAAGAAGAUAAGGAGGAACAAGGCGAAAGGAAAGAAAUUAUCCCAGAAUCACAGAUUCCAAUUAAGGAGAAAGUUGAGAAGCCUGAAAAGAAGGAGGCUCCUAAAGAAUCCAAGAAGAAAGAGAACGUUAAACAAAUGACGAAGGAGAAAAAGUUAAGCACAGAGGAGAAACCCCCGUCGCAAGAAUUUGUUACUGUCGCAGCUGAGACAACAAUAACUAAUAAAGAACCAGAAAUAAAAGAUGCACUCCAAUCACCGUUGAAAGAAGACAAAGUUAAACCUGCUGAUAAAUCUAAGAAAGAGGAAGCAAAGACCAAAUCAAGCAAACAGAAACAGUCUAAAGAUAAGCCUGACACCAAAGCCAAGUCUAUCCCAGAAAAAGAAACAAAGAAGCAAGAGAGACAAGAGAUCGGUUCGCUAGAUUCGAAGAAAAAACGCGAUGGAAAAUCGAGAAAGACAAGCGAAAUACCUCAAGCAUCGGUCCCUCGAGAAACUUCGAUUGAAAUUCCUCCGCAAGGAACUAAGCAAGAAGACACACAAGCAGAAACGAAAGAAGUAUCUAAGGAAGUAGUUCAAUCAGUUUGCGCCAAAUCAUGGGCAUCCGUGGUUGGUGCGAAAGGAACUACUGAAACAACCAAUCUCCCUGCAGAAAAUGCACAAAUGUCAGACGUGAAAGCAAUUGCUCGAGAAUCGGCCACUGGAUCACCGAAAUUGAAGAAAAUAGAACAGACGGUAGAAAUUGUGCCUGAGGAGCCACAAACGCAGCACAAGAAGCAUCAAAAGAAGAAAGAGAUCAGGCAAGAAAAGAUUGUCACCGAGACGAGAUCGUCUUCCAUCGAUACGAAAGCUGAGAAAGAAAAUGAAGUGAGGCCUGCCAUUCCCGAGAAAGUGGAAUUGGAAUUGGAAUCAACUACGAAAGAGUCAAACAAAUCGUACGCACAGGUAGCAGCUUCCAGCAAGAGAAUUUCUCCGCAAACGAGUCAGGAAGACGUCGUGUUACUCAAGCCGAUUCCUCUUGUGCCUGAUCAAAGCUUAGAUAAAUUAAGCGAGAAUAGAGAGAUCACUCUUCAGACAGAAGAAGUGUCGCCAAGUGUCAGAGAAAUCCCACGAGUCGAAGAACUACCGAAAUCUGAAGAAAUAACAAUAACGGAUCGAAAGUUUGACGAGUUAAUUACAGAGGAAAAUAUUUCAACCUCGUGGGCGGAAGAAAUCGAGAAAGAAGCGAUGGCGGAUGACUUGGCUAGUACUCUGUCUCCAAUUUCGAAUGAAGUGACAGAAACUGAGACAUCACAGAAAACGAAAGAUUCGUGGGCUGCUAUAGUUAGCAAACACGUGGAACCACUGGAACCACAUCCAUCGCCCGCCAGUGAAAAAGUAUCAGCGAAAAAGGAGCAGAUUAUUGAACAACAUUUGCAUCCUCAGGUACAGAUUAACGUAGAAGAAGCACCGGAACCAGUACCGAUCGAAGAAGUGGUUCAGAUAGACGAACAGGGUUUCAUGGAAUUCUUAAAUCGGAAAGAACUGCGAUCCAGACGAUCCAGAUCGCGAUCCAGAAGUUCCAGACGAGAUGAAAAGUGCUCGAGACAGUCGAGCGACAAGCCUAUUGUUCCUGAAGAAAUCUUGGCAGAUGAACAGAAGCAAACGAGUACGCAGAGGGUGGAGGAGCAGAAGAAAAAAGAUGGAAAUAAAGGAAAGGAAGGAAAAUCGAAGAAUAAAGGUAAAACGAAGUCUAGUAACGCUGAUCGUAAUCAGGUAGCGAAAGAUGAGCAGGGAAAGGGUAAAGAGAAAGAAAAAGGUAAAGAAAAAAUGAGUGAAUUUGACACGAAAGAGAAGAUACAGAAACAACCGGAGAAGAAAGAUAAUAAGGAGGAAAAAGAUAGUUCGAAGACAAAAGAAGUUAAUUUAAGUCAAGAAACGAUAAAAGAGAAACUUGAAGAGAAAGUUGAGAUAAAGCAAGAGGUGAAAGAGAAAGAGGAGACUGUAAAAUCGGAGGUUCCAGAAGCAGAAAAGGCUGAAAAGAAGGUUGAAACAAAGAAGGUGAAAGAAAAAGUGCAAAUUGUAAAAUCCGAACUACCCGAAGAAGACGGUGAAAUAAAAGAAAUAAAAGACGUGAAAGCCGUAAAGCCUGAGAGUCCAGAAGUGAACGAAACAGACAAAAAGAAUGUUAAGCCCGCGGACAAGUGGAAGAAGACAGAAACGAAAGAGCAACCUGCUACGAGGAAGAACAAGAAAUCGAAGAAAGUAAAAUCUGAUAAAGAGCAACCCAAAAAGGAAACUGAGAAUAAAGAACUAGUCGAACGACCGGACAUCAUUCAGAUGACAGAGACAGAAUCGAGAUCGAAAGACGAAGUUAAGAAAAUUCGAGAAAUACCAGAAAUAACGGAAACUGAACAAGAAAGUAAACCUGAGAUCGUCGAAGAAGUUAAAUGUGAAAGAUCAACACCGGCAAAAAAACGCAAAGGGAAAUCUAAAGAGAAGAAAGCAAAAACACUAGCAGAACAAAUUGGUGAAACGACGAUCGAAGAGAGGAAAGUAUCUGAGUCCGAAAUUAAAGAAGAAAUACUAGUGAAGGAACCAGACGCCAAGGAUAAGGAAAUUCUAGCGACAGAAGUCACAAAAUCAGCAAGUGAAAGUAAAUCUGAACUUGUCGAAGGAACAAAAACCGAGAAACGCAAAGGAAAAUCCAAGGAGAAGAAAAUAGAGACUGUGUCGGAAGAAGUUAUCAAAACGUCAAUUGAUGAAGGAAAAGUAUCUGAAUCUGAACUCAAAGCAGAAUUAUCAGCGAAAGAGCCAGAAGUUAGAGAGAUUAAAGAGAUUCAGGCAGAGACAAAAGAAAAAUCAACACUUACACUGAAGCAUAAAGGAAAGUUUAAGGAAAAGAAAGUGGAAACGGUACCAGAACGAGUCAACGAAACAUCAGUUGAGGAGAAGGAAGUACUUGAAUCUGAGAUCAAAGAAGUACCGAUAGAAGAAGAAAAGAAAGAAAUAGAAGAAGGAGCAACAGAUGAGAGAAAUAAGAUUGAUUCUAAACUAGACGAGGAAAGAAAGUUAGUUGAGAAAGAAGAAAUUGAAGAGGAACCAGUUAAGUCUCCGCAAACACCUGUUGAAGAGACGACUUCAAAUACUAAGACAGAAAUAACAGACGUAAAGAAAGAACAAGUUCAGACAGAAGAAAAGUGUAAACUUUCGAAGAAGGAGAAACGAAAGCAAAAGAAAAAAGAAAAGUCAGCCACGCGAGCAACCAGCGAAGAGAAAUUGAAAAAGGAAACGUCAGAGACGAUCGUCACAGAAAAGAGGGAAGAAACAAGCGCGAUUGCUGUAACACCAGAAGAAGUAAAACAGAAAGACACAAUAUCUAUUUCACCCGAUGAAAAUGAAACUAAGGAAAAAUUAGAAGAGAUUACGAAAUUAACAACAAUCAUCUCUGAAGUGGUUCCCGAUGAAAUAAAGCUUGUUCCAGAAACUAUAUUUAAGCCAGUAAUCAAGGAAAAAGGGAAAUCAGGAACACCAGAGAAAGCAGAUCUACCUAAAUCAACUGAAGAAAAGGAAAAAGUUGCAGAAGAAGUGGAAAAUCUUGCUGAAGAAAAAAUAGAAAUACCUAAACCAAUAACAGAUAAAUCUGAAACCUCUAAAUCAAUGGCAGAUGAUACAUUAGUGGUAGAUAUAGUUCAAACACCUGAACCAGUGACAGAUGAAUCUAAACUAAUGUCAGACAAAACUGGGAAAGAUAUAAAGCAAGAAGACACGAUGCCAACUUUGACAGAAAAAUCGAAACGUAAGAACAAACAAGCGAGAAAAAUUAAACACGAGGAGCAAGAAGCAGCAACGAAGUCCACAGAUGAAGAACCUCAGUCGUUAAAGGAUGAAAAAGAUACAGAUAUAUUAAGUACAAGUUCUGCUGUUUCAGCAGCUUCAGAAACUCCGAAAGAAAUAAUCGAUCAGAGGGAAGAUGUGACGAUAUCUGAAGAGAAAAUAGAAUCAAAUGUGGAGUCGAGAAAGUUAGAGAUUGAUGAAAAGCCAACAACUGAGGAGAUUAAGAAAGAUGAGGAAGAAGUUAAGAACGUGUUAAAGGAAGAAAUUGUUCUUAAAGAAACAAUAGUCAUCGAAGAGAAGACAGAAACUGAAAGUGAAAAAGAGACGGACAGUGUACGAGAAACGGGGGAAAUUUCAAAAGUACAUCCUACGGGAGAGGAAACUACGAAAGAAGAAAAGAAAGAUAAAGAUAAAACGCGCGACACACGUAAGGAUGACGAAAAGAAGAUAUCUGGAGAGAAACCAGCAACUCCCAUAGAAGAGAUAUCAGACAAAACUGUCGAAAUUGAAGAAGAUGAAAUCAUUUCAGUUGAAGAGAUUGAAGAAACUAUCGAUGGAAUAACGGUAAAUGGUAAACCGGAAGAAAUAACAGAGAAGACGGAGACAGAAGAGAUCGUAGAGAUACAGUCGGGAAUAGUGAAUGAGUUCGAAGGUAUUCAAAAGACCGAUCAAAUGCCGCGACAGGAAAUAUCGAUAGAGAAAUUAUUAGAUGAAAUCGAGUCACCCAUAACCAUAGAUUCGAUCCAGUCUCAGUUAGAAACCGAAGAGGAAUUCGAAAAGUGUAUAUCCAGCGAGCCCGAGAUAGAAACGGUCGACAUCGUGAUCGAACCGGCGAAACCGAAGGUGCAAUUCUACAUAGCCGACGAGAUUCUGGUUCUGAGUCCCGAGAAAAAGAAACCCGUUCAAACGCCCUUAAUUUUGAGAACCUUGUCGGAGCUCAGCAGAUCUAAAUUCCUCUCUCUCGAUAGCGGUUUCUGGCCGGACAAGCAUCCGUACCACGAGGCUGAACGCUACCUGUUCGAGAAUUUGGCCAAUUAUCCGAAAGCAAAUCCUUCCGGCGACGCGAACCGCGAUUCUAACGACAAAGAUGAUUUCGACGGUGAUCGGGAUAACAGCGGUGGUUUGAACGAUCGCGGCGGGAACGGUGGCCCCUUGAAUUCUUAUUUCAUGGGUGGGCCACACACUGAACGUUUGAUCGCCGAUCUGCCAGGCGGUAUAGGUAGCUGGAGCGAUUACAGUACUUACUUGUCGAGCGAGAACGAGCAGAGACCGGAUCAGCUCGCCGAGCUGAUUUCAGAAAAGAUCGAGAAUCCAACGUCAGACCCGUCCUAUCCCUCCGACGAUCUAGCUUCCGAAUUGUCCUCUGUUCGUCCCAACGACGAUCAGUCUGUUUCGAAAUUCGUCGAUGAACCGUCGUUGCAGUCUGUCGUUCAUACGACGUCGAAAAAUUCCGAGCAGGCGAAGUUGUUGUCAUUGUCGACUGUCGCUUCUGGCGAGCAACCCUUAAAGUUCGAUCGCAAGAUCGUGAGUUCGGAUCGACGAUCAGAGUCCACUCGUUCCGAUCCACGUGAGUUAUCCCUGACACCAAGCAUCCUUGACCAUGGUCCAGAUCCCAAAGAACUGAAUUUAGGUAGAGAAAGAGGAUCGAUGCAGCGGCGCACUCCAGUCGUGGAGACGGAAAGAGAGACGAGGGUAGCUGAAGAUGAGGCUGAAAAGAGGAUACGAGGGAUCAAGGACAUCAUACAGGAGCGCCUAAUGGUUUUACAGCUGAGCGUUUCGAACCUGAAAGGGACUUACUUGCCACGAGAUAGCAUAGACACUAUGCUAUCUGCGCUCACGAAUUUAUUGACGGAGCUGCAAGGAUACGAUCGAGAAGUGCGUCACUUAGAAGAAGAGUUGCGUAAAAUCCCGGCCGAUUUGGAAGCUCAGAAGCUUCUGUCGAAUCUAGGGGAAGUUCAGUCUCGCGUCGCUACCUUGUUGUCACAGGCGGAACAAGGACGCGCCACCCUCGAGGGCGCGCGUGGCGAACAGGAACAACGCGGUCACGAUAUCCACGAGUACAAGAAAUUCCUGGAUGAAACGGACAGCUGGCUGAAGAAUAUCGUGGCCGGUAUCAAGGAACAACAACCGACCGCCACGAACAAGGCUUUACAGGACGAGUUGAGCAGUCACGCGCAGCGGGUGUCGGAGCUUGAAUCGUUGCCAGAGAUCAGCACGCUGGCAAAGGUCCUGAAGAAUGCGCUGUUGGAGGUGAUGUCGCGUCUGCAGCAAAGGCAGCAGGAGCUUUGCGACGAAGAGGCGCAAGCGGACGAAACGUCAGACCACGAUGACGCUACCCUCGAUCAGGCACCCUCCAUUCACUCGUCCCUCGAAACUAGCAUGCCAUCUUUAGCUGACGUUUCUCUGCAAACGGGACAGAGUCUACUAGCGAACGACGUCGUCGAGAAACCACAACAGCUGAGCAAGCAGACCUCCACCAAUCAAAUCCCAAUUUCGACCGAGUGUCACUCACUGACCACGCAAACCGUGGACGUAUUACACCCUAACAUCGAGAACGUUCAAACGCAGGAAACGAUAAAGAUUCUCAAGACCACGGAAGGCGAUCACGACGUGAUCGAGAUAGCCACGAAGAACGUACCUUCCACUUCCACUCAGGAAGUCGUCCAGGAACGUCAUCCUGAAGCGACAACAGAGGACAUCGUGGUCGACAUGAAGUACCAAGAUCCUACGAACACUGACAACACCACCAGCGAGUUGAACAUCGUUCACGCUGCUCCACAAUCGUUCGAGACUGUCCUGGUUGAACCAGACGACGUGACCACCGAGGUGGUAGUGGACGAAGAUGGUUCGAAGAGGAUAAUCGUUAGGAAAUUGAGGCGAACCACUGUGACCAGUAGACAAACCACUCAACAACACGUGGCAUCGACGUCCACAGCGAUCGGAGACGCUCCGUCCGUGGUGCAAGCAUUCUCCGAGGCUACCAUGCGAGAUCAACAAGUGACAGUAAGUACCGCGAAGCCGGACGGAACGAUAGAAACUACCACGAGACAGAUCUACGGCGGAAGGGUGACUACCGGUACUCCGUACAAGGACGUCAAUGUGGAGGAGUACGAAUCAGCGCCACAGUACACGCACAUGGUGACCCAGGGUCACAUUCGAGACAUCAGCCCGCAACCUUUCGAGGAAGGCCUCUUGAUGGAGGGUGGAGAAUAUCGGGCACAAACGUCGAGCGUGCACGCUGUGGUGCAACAAGUUACCCGAAGGGUGGUCAGGAAGACUAGGAGAAUCAUCAGAAAAAUAACGAUCAUAGAUGGUAAAGAGACUGCCACGGAGGAGAUCAUAGAGGAGCCCGAGGAAGUGGAGAUCGACGAGAAGAAUAUUCCGCACAUAAGUAUCAACGUUGUUAAACAGGGAGAACAGAGGCAGUUUGGAAGAGAUGCUGGAGUAGGUGAAGGGAGACCACCGGAGGGUAUUUUGGUUGAAGAAGUCACUGACAAGGAAGAGAGAGAAGGUCAAGAGUUGAAGUUAGAAGAGAAGGAAGUUAAGAAGGAAAUCGAAGAAGAUAAAGACAGAGAUUUGAAGAUAGAAGAAGUUACAAUCGAUGACGCGCCCAUGCAAGGACCGUUCUUUGGGGCGUUUGCUAAAGACAUGCAUCCAAGCGUAAGCUACGUAGAAUCGAGAUCCUUGAAACAUGUUUCAAUGACCGACAGGAAGAAAGAGGAAAUUACUUCACCAGAGAAGAUUCUGGAGAGUUCAGUGGAACCUUCAGUGAUAGACAUUCGAAAGGAACAAUCUCUUGAACGAACACCUGAAGAAUCAUUGUCACAAAUUCAACCAGAUGACGAAAGUUCGAAACCAGAAUCUGUCGGGAAGAAAGUAGAACCAAUGGACAAAUACGAGCACGAGCACUUCCUGGUCGAGGUAAAAGACAAAAAGUCCCUACCGUCGGUCAGCCAGGCGUUCAUCGAUGCUGAAGCGUCUGCUGCGUUGCAGAGUCCAAUCGGUGAGGUCAAGAUACGCGAGACGCAGGUGCAGGAAGAGUUAGCAAAGUCUUCGAUCGAGUCGAUCGUGUCGGAGGACGUGGCGAGCGUCACUAAAGCGACCUGUAAGUCUGUCGAUGCACCAGUACGCGGCGAAACACCCGGUAUCGAGCUAGAAGGUCGCACGUUAGAUGUAGAAAAGCACGAUAAAGACACUAGAGGCACCUUAGAUAUACUAGAGGGAAAAUCAUCGGGAGAGGUUUCGGUCGAAACGGCGACGAAAGAGGCAUCAGACUCGUCGAUAGAGGAUCAGCAAAAGACAGUUCACGUUUCAGAAGAGCGACCUGCGCAGAUCAAAGGGGCAGCCUCUGCGAUUCCAGUGCCGAUUGAGAGUGAAACGCACGAGAAACCGGACGCUCUACCUAUCCACGUGAGACAGCAGAUAGUGAAGAACUCGUUCGUUCCGGAGAUCGAUUAUUCGGUCGACGAUUAUAUGGACGAAGCCUUGAAACCGGAAUACAAACCGAUUUUCCACAGAGUGGAGAUAUCUCUGGCUGUGAGGAAAGACGGCGAGGAGAUGCAGCCUACAGUGUCGGUGAAGAGUCAGGCCGAACCGGAAGGAACUGCUCGUCGUAUGGUGAAGGAGGACGUCGACAUCAGUCUACCGGCGGACAAGGAGAGCAAAUCAGUUAUCCACGACAAGAUCGUCCAAACAUCUCCACCGUUAGAUGAGCCCAAAAUCGUCGGUUUGGACAAGUCUGUCAGAGUUUCGGAGAGACGAGUCCUCACCUCGGAUAAAUCCGUCGUCACGUCGGAGAAGGAAGAAACCGACAAGUCUGCCAUCACUUCGGAGAAGGAAGAAACUUCCGACAAUGUGAUCACGUCGGAGAAAGAAGACGAAUACCAGACUGAGCCUGCGAUUGAAUUCGAGGAAGGGACGAUUGUGCCAUUAGACGAGAAGGCGAAAGAAAAUGUCAGAUCGCCUGUGUUAUCCGUGGAGACGAAACUGAGCGUAGGCAUCUCUCUGGCAUCCAGUAUCGCAGACUCCACGGAGAUCGACGUCGCGUUAUCCGAUUCUUCGAAGCACGACGUCAGCGAGGCACCGCAGCCCGAUAUCACGAAGAUGCUCGAAUCUAAAGAGCUGGAGCUAUCUUCGAAAGACGGAACGUCGGGAGGGGAGGACGGUUACGAGGCGGACAGAACGAUAGUGUCGACGACUACGCCGGACGACGAGGACACGAUAAAGACGAAGAAAAAGAAGAAGAGGAAGCAGAGAGUACGUAGCCUCAAGGACGAGGAGCAGACCGAAUUCCCAAAGACCACCUCUGAUGACGAGACGUUCACGGACGAUCUGGCGGAUGGGGAGCGACGAGUGGAAAGCGAGGACGCGAAGGCAACGAAGAAGAAAAAGAAGAAAAAGAAGCGAGCGGACGUUGACGUCGAAAAGUCACCAGCAGACGCGCAGACUGUUCCUCGAGUGUUCAACGUUUCCGUAGCCACGUCACCGAAGCAAGAAGAGACGUCGGAAAUUUAUGUUCAGACCUCGCCGCAUUUAUUAGAGGAGAAGGUGCCAAAGAUCGAAGAAGUUCACGAACAAGUGCAAACCUCUCCUCCAAUUGCGCUCGAGAAGGAGGAGGAGAAGGAAUCGGAAUCACCGAAAGCAGAGGAGGUUCACACGGAGAUGCAGACGUCACCGUUGUCUACUUUGGACGUCAGCAUGCAAACUGUGCCGGAGGAGGAACCUGAGAAACCGAGUACACAGCACUCUGAAAUGCAAACGUGCCCGUUAUCUGCUUCGGAUUUCGGCGCCCAGGCUGUCACCGAAGAGCCGGCUGAAAUAGAAGAGACGAGUACUCAAACGAUGGAAACUGCCGAGAAGAAAGUGGAAGAGUACGCCGUGCAAACCAGUCCGAUCGAAGAUGUUGAAGAAGCGAACGUUCCGAUCGAAACUGAAGAGACACAGGUUCAAACUGUGGCGACGGACGUGGUUUCCAUCGAGGCGCAAACAUCGCCAACGCCAGCGUCAACGGAGAUAGAAACGCAAACCGCGGAGAAAACGGUGGUCGCUGUCGAACAGCAGACCACUCCACCACCGAGCGAAGAGAAGGUUCUAACUGGCAUGGCUACUCAAACUAUAGCGCCUGAAGCACCUCGGACCAUGGAAACAGAAGCGCAAACUAGCAAACCGAGUAGUCCAGAGGUAGUCACUCUGGACUUCAACGUUCAAGCAGAUCUGACAGAGCAACCUUCGCUCGAGGUGAUGGAAACGCAGACGACUCCGGAGGAGAGUCCUCGACAGGUGGACACUCAAGAAACCGAGUCGCAAACGAUGUUGCCCGAACCGACUCAGGAAAUUAUGAUACAGACGAGUCCAGUUACGUUCGCUGCAGAGAAAGUCGAAGUGUGCGAGCUGUCCUCUCAGACCAGUUUGGAAGAGAAGAAGCAAUCGAUGGACGAACAGUCUCAGACAGUUGCGCCAGAGAGAAUAGAGACUUCGGACAGCUCGGUGCAGAUAAAAACAAGCGAAUUGGUAGCGCAUGUCGAGGAGAGCGUGCAGAUCAUUCCCGAAACUCGCGAACAUGACGCGCAAACGAUCAUCGAUGAAGAGAAACCGUUGCUGGUGACGGUCUCGCAGCAGACGAACGGUGUGUUACAAGUUCCUGAAGAGGAGAAACUGGUAAUUGAAGACGAAGAAGGUAACGUGAUAGACGUGGUGGACGGGGAGGUGAAGACGUCUCUGAAACUUACAGAAAUUCCAGUAGCACCUGAUGUACAAGUACAAGAAACUAAGGAACACUUGGAUGCGACGAAGAUUGAGGAAGUAACAGAACCGGCGUCUGUCGUGGAAGAAUCUGCCAAAGAGGAAGAGUUGAAGGUUACAGAACGAUUGCAGAGUCUCUCCGAGAGAGCGGAAGAAACUGAGGAAUCGACGGCGCCUUCGAUGGAGGAUACCGAAACUGCGAACGCUGGAUUUGAAAUACGUCUGCAGGCAACUAUAGAGUUCCCUAUCAGCGACACCACUGCUGACACUACCAGCAAAUUAAGCUACGAUAGCUCGCAAGACACGACCAUUACGGAGGACAUAAGCUCUGGAGGAAAGGUAGACGACAGCGUUGGAAGGAGACAGAAACGGAAGAGAAGACACAAGACCAUCGAAAUCUCCGCGACGAGUGAAAAGGAUCUGGAAUCCAUAUUUGGACAACCGAUAGAAUCGCGAGACGUGUCUCUAAAGCUGUCUUAUUCCGACGUCGCUAAGAGGAACGUGGGUAAAGAGAAAUCUCCUCCUGGUGAGGCUGGUUUGGACAGAGGUUCCGAGGAAGACGAUAUCAGGAUCGUGCCGGAGGAGAAGCCGUAUGAAAUUGAAGAAAGUGUACAAAAUGUUGGCGUACCGUUUGCAACGACGGAACCAGUGGCAAUUAAAGAGACGCAAGACGUAUGGACGUCAGGCAAGGAUCAAUCGGAAGGACAACAAACGCCAGUUAUUCCACACAUGCCUUCACCUGAACCGAUGGACACGACCGAAGAACCACUUUCUCCCGUGGAAUCGGUAGAAAUGUUGCAAGAAGCUGAUCGACUGAGAAUUAAGACCUACGCGGACAUUAUCAGCGAAUCUUCGAAGAAGCCAGAAAGGGAUCAGUCUUCGUGGGAAUUGUCCCACCAUGCUGUACCGCAGAAGGGCGCGAGUUCGAAAGCUUUCUUACUGGCUGAAGCAGCAGAGUACGAACCUCAACAUCAAAUAACACAGAGUAGUCAAACGACCAAAGCGAUCUCCGAUCGAAUGCAGAACCUUCGAAACGCCAAACAAUCGAGUCACCUAGGGAACAUCCUUCACAUAGCUCACCUGGACAAGAUAGCAAACGAGAAACAAGCUGAGGAACGAGCUGCCGAGGUGAGGAAGGAGCUGUCACAUUUGAGGGACGCCGCGCAGGAAAAAGACGCGAUCACCGUCGAAGAAACUCUGGUCGUCGUCGUGGAUACGAUUUCCACUUGGCUGGAGACGAUCGAGUAUAGAAUUUUCCUGAGCAAAGAGUGUCCCACCGGCCCCUCCCACGAUGACAAGACUUACGUCGAGCUGAAGGACGAAGUGGAGAACGUGGAAGAGAAUAUUCAGGAGUUGAAUAACAUUUGGAAAUUGGUGGAGGCGAAUUAUCCAGGGGAAGAUAGGAAUAAUUUGCAGGAGUGUUUGGACGCUCUUAUGAAUCAGGUUAGGAUGAUCGAGGACGCGACCGACGAUGGAGAGAAACAUCUCACGUGUGAGCUUGCUAGGUGGGACGAAUUCGUGAAUGGCGUGAACAACAUGUACAGAUUAAUCGAGGAACAAAGGAGACGUCUCAACGAGCUCAUCGAACUCGAGGCGUCUACGAAAUGGAAGCUAGAGGAGCUGGACAAACUGGAAACCAUGAACCAGUGUCACAUUUGGAAGACAGCAACGUUGCUCACCACCUCGCACGAAUUGCUAUGCGAUUAUCCCGGGAAACACAUUCCGGAAGAGACGUACGCGGCUCACGAGAUGACGAAGAUAAUCGAGCACGGUAUAUGCAUCGAACGUGAACGUCUUCUCCAACUGUUGGCCCUAGCCGAGGAAUACGAGCAGACUCUUCGUGAAUUCGCCCAGAUCACCGAUAUCGCGGAGAACUUGUUAGAAAGUCCCAUCUCCGUGAUGAGUUUGGAACAUUUGCAAGAGGAGAUGCAGAAGCACAGGAAGUUCUUCGUGAACUUGAACCACUGUCGAGCGAUUCUGGAAUCGUUGGAAGGGAACUUGGACCCAGAAACCAGGACUAAAUACGCAGAUCUUCACGAAGAGCUGCACGGUAGAGCUAUAUCGUUGUUAGACCAGGCUGCGUCCAGGGCUCAGCAAAUGGCUCUGGCUGCAUCUAGAUGGAUUCUCUUGGAACAGGGAGUGAAAGAGGAGCGGGGGUGGCUCCAAGUUGCUCAUCAACGAGUUCCCGACCUCCAGACGGUGACGUCGUCCGAUUAUGAUCAAUACAUCUCGCUGUAUCAGUCUCUGGCGACGGACGUUGCGACUCAUCACGCUCGACUAAUUCAGCUUCUGAACGUGGCACGUGGUCUUCAGGAAUUAGUGAACAUCGAAGAUCCCGAGGAUCGUUACGGCGAGGCUUUGGACGUUAUCGUGAAGCUUCAAGACAACGUGGAGUCGUCGUUGAGGAAAUUGUUAUCGUUCAGAGAGAGUUGGUACAACCAGGAAAUGCUGACGAACCGGUUGGAAAACUGGAUGACGUUGGUGGAGAAGGAAUUGGUCAGUCUUCGCGAUCCCUCGGGCGGUCAUAUACGUCAAUUCUGGGAACUGAAGGCACAGUACGAAGUCCACAACAACAUUCGAGAAGAGGCUAGCAAUAGCUUUGAGCAAGCCCUGCGAAUAAUUCCCUUGUCGGACGAGAUGCUGCAAAGGCAGUUCCAUCGUGAGAUACAAGAUCGUUGGAACGACGUCUCGCAGCAGAUAAACAGCAUCCACGAACGAGUGACGCGAAACAUCUCUUCGGAGGACAUCUCGUCCAACGAGAAACUGAAGCUCCUCGAGAGAGAACUGAACGAACUGCGAAUAACCGUCGACAGUUUCCACGGUGUUCUAAAGACGGAGGAGGAGCUAGAUCUGUACAUCGAACGUUUGACUGUUUUGUUCGACAGAAUCUGCUUGAUCCAAGACGAGCUGGGUCGCCUGGGUCUGCUGCCAGUGGCGGAGAGCGAGAAGGUCGGUGUUCUGCUGUCCUCAGCUCGAAGAAUAGAAAGUCAAAUCAGCGAGGAGUUGGACGCGGCACAGUUGCUCAGGGAGAGGCUUCAGGCGAUCCAACGUGGCCUGAGUCGCGUUAGGAAAGCUCAUCAACGUCAAUCGUCUGUAUUGGAUCAGUGCGAGGGAAGCGAGCGACAGGGAAGCGACGUGGUCGCAGCUGCCGUCGAUCGAUGUCAAACCGUCGCUGACGAGCUCGCUAUUUUAUGGCAGGAUAUCAUGGGCCUCAGACAAUUAUUGCACACUCUACCCACGGUGAUGAGGGUCUCGGUGUCGCCAGUCAGCGUCGAACGAGACAUUUCGAACCUUCAAGACACUCAUACGGAUUUAGAAGCUAGGUGUACACGAUUGUUGACUUUGUUGAAGAACAGACUCGCUUUAUGGAGGAGAUUCGAGAAACAGCUGGAAAUGGUGCAGCAGUCGGUCCAGGAGGCUGACUACAUGAUGGAGUUGUUGACCGUACAAGGCUCUGUCGAUUACGAAAGGCUACUGAAAGCUACUGAAAGGCUAGAGGGUCUGAGCGGUGAUUUGGGCGCGCGAGAAGUUCUUAUUGGCGAAUUGCGAGAGGCUGCCGAACCUCUGCGGGAGGGUUGCGCUGCAGAGGUCCGCGAGAAGGUCGAAGCGGCGGUAAAUGAGGCCGUACAAGCCUGGGAGGACACCAGGGCCGAAUUAGAUGCCCUUUGCACCAAGUAUCAGCACGCGUGCAGAUUGUGGCAACAGUACAAAGACUCGAGCGCCGCGGUGAAGGCCUGGGUGGACACGCAGAUGGACAACGUUGCUAAUCUGCCACCAGAAGAGGCCGUCAAACACAUCAAGAUUUGCGAAGAGACGAUGGCGGAGCACAAGGAGAGGUUGGCGGAGCUUCAGGGGCUGGUGGCUCAAAUCGCGUCGAACGUCGGUCUGGAUGCAAGUGGACCGUUGCACUGCGAGGUGGAGGCACUCGGACAACGUCUGGAGGACAUUCGUGAAACGUUGUCGUGCCUCGCGGAUGCCGCUGACGCUCGUGCCCUCAACCAGGAGCUCGCACGUGGCGAUUUAUGUCAGACGAAAAAUUUCCUGGACUCGAGCCUGACCUCGGUGAACCAAGGCGAGUCAAAGGAACAGCUGAAGCUCCUUCGUAAUCAUCUUCUCGCGCUGACGUGCACGGAACCACAGUUGCAAUCGAUCAAGGAACGCACGCUGGAGGUGUCGACUCAGGAGUUGUCCGUAGUCGAGGUGCUGCAACGAUGGCAGAACGUCUUUAGAGAAACGUUCCAGCAGUAUCACCGUUUAUCGGCUCAUCUAGUCAAAACCCAAGACGGCGCGACUGCCUUGAAACUCUGGCAGGAGUAUCUGGCUGACGUGCAAGACUUCCUGUCCAACGACGUGUCCGGCGACUACAACGGUUUGUCGAAACAUCGGAAUCUCUGCGAGGUUCAUCGAAACCUGCUGACCGACCAACAGAAUCUCAUACUCACCGUUCGGGCGGAAGAGGGCAGCAACUUGUCGACGACAGAACAGUUCAACAUCCUGACGAAUCUCCACAAUGAAACGCUGGCCACGAUCAUGGAGAGACACGCGGCGGUGCGCGACCGAUUGGCCGCGUGGGACAGAUACAAGUCGGACCAGGGCAAACUGUUAUCCUGGUUGAAGGAGAUAGAGAGAGAACGGGGCCAGCUGCAUCUUCGAUUCAUCCAAUUGCAAAGGCUGGACGAAGUCCUUCAGAGGAUACAGGCGCUGCUGGACAAGAUAGAACAGGGCAAAGCUCAAUUGGAGUCUCUGCAGGAGCAACAGGAGACCUUGCUGGUCAACUGCGACCAGACACUGGCCAUGUCCAUCCGCAUGGAGCUGGCGGCUCACGCUCAGAGGAUCGCCAACUUGAGCUCCAGUCUGGAGAUCUGGAAGGACUAUAUCCCGAGGAUACAAAAGUUGUACGCAGAGUACGAAGAACAAACGAAAGGCAUCACGUCGACGUUCUACGAGAUCAGCCAGACACUGAGCAGGGUGUUCCGCGCGAGACCUGCCAGCUUGUCGAAGACGAAGCAACAGUUGGAAUCUAUUCAACAGCUGCAGAACAGAUUGGCUGGCAUGAGCACGGAUUUGGAGUCGCUGGGCGUGAUCACGGAGCAACUGAGGGAGUGUCUCAGCCCUAUCGAUAUGAAAUCGUUGAAUCAACAGCGGGCGCUUCUUCGACUGCAGCACGGGGACCUCGAACACCAGGCAGCGUUGCUUAUUUGCAGGUUGGACGAACGUUGCGAUCUCUAUGAUCGUUGGAAGGACAGAUCGGCCAGGUUACUUACGUGGAUAGACGAGAUGGAGACCCGAAUUCAAGAUUGUGACUCGAUGGCGCCGAACGAACCUGAGGAGACCUUGAAAAGACUGGAGUGUGAUCUGCAGGCGGAUAUCGCGUUGAAACAGCCGGAAUUGUUGUGGAUACAGAACAUCGGCCAAGAUCUGAUCGAGGUAGCCGAGGAAGACGAGAGCGAGAGGCUGCAACGAACCUUGGACGAGGUGAAGGAGAGAUGGGAACGGUUGCUGACUACGGGCAAGUCCAGAGCCAGUAAAUUGGUCGAUCUCAUGAGAACCAUGAACACUUUGGAGAAGAGGAUAAACGAGCUGAGGAGCUGGCUGGCCAGCGUGGAGAGCCAGUUGUCGGAGACGUUCGUGAUCGAGGAGAUCGCUCAGAGCUGUAUCGACAAGAAACUCGAGGAUCACGAGCACCUUCAGAAGACUAUCGAGGCGGAAAGCGGUAACAUCGGCGAGGUGUUGAAUCUCUGCGAGAUUCUCUUAAGCGAUUGUGACGCCUGGAAAGCUUCCUUUAACACGGACGCCAUUAAGAACGGAAUGGAAGGGUUGGAGCGUAGAUGGACAGCGACCUGCGUGAAAUCGGCCGAGAGGAAAGGGAAGAUCAUCCUCGCGUGGAAGAUCCUUCAGGAAUUGGAGAAGAUCAGGUCGGAACACGGAGGCUGGCUCGGGGAGACCGACGAUGCUCUCUCGGAACUGGAGAAAAGCCUCGACGAGCUUUCCAAGGAGGAAUCGAAGAAAACCAUCGAGAAAGCCAGAAACAUUCUCGACGAUAUAGAGGCGCACGAAUCGGCGAUGAAGAUAAUCGAGCAGAGCUUUGGCCGUUUGGCUAGGACAGGCGUGGAGCCAGAUAACCUGAAGUCGCUUAUCAGCGAGACACGGCGGCUUAUCGAUAAAUGGCAAACGUUGAAACCUAGAGCGAACGCCGUCCUAUUGGCGCUGCAACAGGGACAGAAGAAUUAUCGGGACUUCAUCACGGUGCAUGGCGCGGCGGUUGUCGGAUUGACGCAGGUCGACGUUCGGCUGACCACCACGCAACAUUUGUCCACGCUCGAGCAGAAAUCCUCGUCGCGUCGAAGGCUGCAACAGCUGAACGAGAUCGAGGAAGAGCUUCGCACGCAGAACCUCACGUUGCAGAAAGCCGACGAAUUGGCGUUGAAGGUUAUGCAGGAAUGUCAUCCGGAUGACGUGGCGACUAUUCAAGAGUUGGUGGACGAGUAUCAACUUUUAUGGAAGGAUAUCAAGAAGAGAGUGGCCUCGUUAAGAGCGGAAAUUGAGGGACAAGAGAAGUUGGAGGUUGACGAGGCUGUGCAGGUGGAAACGUUGAAGUUCGAACAGGACAGUGCCGUUCAAGUGGACACGUUGCCGAAACUAUUGAGAAUGACAUCGAGCGACGCGUAUCUGAUGGAGUUGGAGGCUGCUCUAAUCGAGUGUAACGACGCUCUGGAUACGCUGGAAAUAGCAAUUACACCGGAUCCUGUCGCUGGUCCUGGGUUGAACGCAACUGCUAAAAAUAUUAGUAAACUAAUCGGAAGCUGUCAAUCGUCGAUCGAACUGGUUCGUCACUUGCAUAGUUUGCUCAUAGAGGAUGGAAAAUUAAGCGCGCAGGCUGCCAAGGCUAACGAGGUGGCGGCGUUGACGAACAGAUAUGAAAAUCUUCUAAUCUUAGCGAGAACGCGGGAACAACAGAUCAGAGAACUCAGCGAUACUGGAAGAUUAACCUGUCCCGUGUGCUCGCGUCGUAAUUGGGCUCAGCUGGAAAACGAUCUCUGGAGGCUAGAGAAAUGGCUGGAAUUCGCUGAAGGCACCCAAAGCGAGCAACAUUCACCACCGAGCAACAUAGAACAGUUGGAAGACAUUAUACAAGAUCACAGGGAGUUCGCGCUCGAUCUAGACAGUCACAAAAGUAUUCUAGUCAGUUUGAAUACCGUCGGCGCUCAUCUGGCCGAUCACACGGAAGAUCUGUGUCGGGCGAUGCAGCUCAGAGACAGAUUGACCGUAGCGAACACGAGGUGGGACAAGGUGUGCAACGUGGCUGCACACUGGCAGGAACAGCUGCAAAUUGCGCUGAUGUCGAACCAGCAGUUCCAUCGUAUUAUAGAGGAAUUGCUUACCUGGCUGGAGAAAACGGAAAUUAGCAUACAAGCCAGCGAACCGGUCGACUUGACCGAGUCGCCGGAGAUUAUGACUGCCAAGUACAAUAAAUUCAGGGAACUGAGGAGUGAUUUGGAGCGAUGCGAGCCACGAGUUCUGUCGCUUCAAGAGUCGGCCAAUCAAUUACUUGACGAGAAAGGCGAGACCAGGGCACGCCUACAGGAAUUACGACUCAGGUUACUGUCACUUCGUCGACUGACUGGAAUAUACGCGUUGAAAUUAGGGGCAGCGUUAGGGAUGGACCCACGAGAUAUUGGACUCGCUGCCACCACUUCUUCUCUUGCCUCACUUUCUCACGAUUGGUGACGAUGGCGAGCUCACGGUAUUGUCUCGGGGAUACCGUUUCCUGGGCCGAGUGUUGCGAGUGUCGUUGCCGAUUCAGGCGCUAAUGCUGUUGUUCCUCGGUGUCGCCUCGCUGGUACCAUCCGCCGAAGAAGAUUACAACUGCAUGCUGUCGAACAACCUCGCCAGAAGCUUCACGCCGAUGGUCGUCUAUCCGAACGGGCCGCCGCCGAUCUAACGAUAAGGAAACCCAGUCUCGGAUCUCGCACCGAUUUCGUAGGGCCCAGAAGAACGUUCAACCGAAAUAUCCGGAGAAGUCGCGGCAAGCGGAAACGCGAGAUCGCGCGCGAUCUGCGCACGCAUGUACCUACUUAACUAGUCUGUCGUAACGGUAAUUCUCCGUCGACGCAAUCGUAUGACGAGAAAGAUCGGCAAAAGAUCCGUUCUUUUUUUUUUUUUCGUACGCAGUUUAGAAUCCUCGCAGUUUAGAACUUUCGACUCGAGAUGGUUGAACAGCUUUGGAUAGAACUAAGACUGUUCAACUGUCUCGACGAGAUAAAAGAGAAGAAGAAGAAGAAGAAAAAAAGACACGUAUAGACGAUGAUUUUACACGUAAUAGACUAAUCUUGCCGGAUUAAAGUGGAUAGUUGUUAAUCUGUCCACACGUCCCAAUGAAAGACUAAAGUUUCGACACAGUACGAGCAACGGGAUGCUCGUUUUGCUGUUCAAACAUUGAACGAACAAUUAAACGGACCUUUUUACUUGCUCCUAAUAAAGAAAUUCGAUGAUUCUCUUCCGUUUAUUCGUUGUAUUCGGUUAUUUAGAUGGUGCGAAUUUGUAUAUUUUACGUUUGUAUAAAAUUUGUAAUAUAAUUGGACGUCUUUGUUGUUGAACUUUAACAGCGAAUUCUAAUUCUUUUUCUUUUUCUUUCAUCUUUUGUUUUACUUCUCUCUCUUUUUUUUUUUAAAAACUUGAUUUCUAUCACUUCGUUUCCUGAAAAAUUGUACAGAUAAUACAUUGAGGUAAAUACCGUUGCGUUUAAAUGUUAUUUAACAUGUUGAUAUCGAUGAUAUAUCCGUUGGAAAUACCAUUCACUUAACACGAAUAUGUUCCAUGAUAGAGCGUGAUAUUACAUACAACAUACCUGUUCGACUUUAUUUUUUAUACGUUGCAUUUAUAAACUCGAGGGUGAAUAGGGGGAAGAGCGAGGCUUGAUUUCGCGAUCGAGAACGUCCACUGACCGAUACUUUUUCAGAGCGUGAUCGCGAGAAACGCGAUAGUCAUUGGUGCUAGUUUCGAACGAUAUAGAGAGAAUACAUAAUAAUUAAUUAUAAUACGAGUACAUUAUUAUUAUCACAUUAUUAUCGAGGUGGUUUUGAAUUGUUCUUCUCUCCACUCUUUUUUUCCACGACUCCUUCGAAGGAAAUAAUACGAAAAAGAGGAAAAAGAAAAAAAAAGACAGGAACGGACAAAGAAGAGGAAAAACGAGAAGACACCGACGUAUCGCAUAAUAAUCGAAAUCGCAUAACGAAGUUAUAUCGACGACACCUCGAACGGGGUGUAUUGUCUCUUUUCUUUUUUUUUUUUUUUCUGUUUUU